ACAACUAACCUGCGGCAGGCAGCGUAGCCUACCCUUUCUCACAGGCAUCGAACACUAGGAAUCCAACUCGAUAGCUGGUACGCAUUGCGGAGAUAAACGUCGAGUGGGGGAAACCCUAGGGUGUGCCCCUAGAGAACCGCACGCGGGGUUUCCCUUCAUCUUCUCUGGCGGCCGUCCUCCUCCAGGCCGCAGGGGGCGCUGGGGAGCCAGCCUCGGGGUCGCACGCUGAUUGGCUUCUCGGGAAACGGACAAUUCUCGACGUUGGGCCGGGCGGGCGUCGCCUUUGCGGCGCUGGGGCCUGGCGUGGCCAGGUUGCUUUUAGGCUGUGAUUUGAUAACUCCUGCAGGGUGGCGUGGAGCGCCUUGAGACUUCUUCCUUCACUGUAGCCUCUCUUCUUUUAGUCCCAGACUGAGGAACUAACCACUUGGGUGAAAUUGGGGUCCAGAUUUCCCAAACUUGCUUCGGAGGAAAAAGCCCUAACGGUGGAAGACAGUGAAUUCCUAGCUCCGGGCCCGAUGGGUCACACCUGUAAUCCCAGCAGUUUGGGAGGCCGAGGCGGGCAGAUCACCUGAUGUUGGGGAUUCAAGACCACCCUGACUAACAUGGAGAAACCCCGUCUCUACUAAAAAUACAAAAUUAGCCGGGCGUGGUGGCGCAUGCCUGUAAUCCCAGCUACUCAGGAGGCUGAGGCAGGAGAAUCGCUUGAACCCAGGAUGCAGAGGUUGCAGUGAGCCGAGAUCGCAUCAUUGCACUCCAGCCUGGGCAACAAGAGCGAAACUGCGUCUCAAAAAAAAAAAAAAAAAAAAAAAAAAAAAAAGGUAAAAGUCACCGGUUAAAUUGGUACCCACUAUCAGGUGAACCAGUUUUUACUGCUUCACUUGCCUUAGCCCUUCACACCUGCUUGGUUAGAACUCACAUAUAGAAUAUGGAAAAACCGAAUUCCUACCACUGUUAGUACCUAAGUACUAGGAUAUUUUUGUCUUAGCAAGCUUCCCAGGUCAAUUUAGGUUAUUAAUUUUAAGCGUUACCUAAGGCUUUACAGCUUAGCCUGAGGCCCCACACGUUACCUGCAGGCUGAGGUUCUACUUUGAAGAACUAGAGUUUUCUUUGUUGUUUUGUUUUUUUUGAUACAGAGUCUCACUCUGUUGCCCAGGGUGGAGUGCAAUGGCCUGAUCACGCCGCAAUUUUGGCUCACUGCAACCUCUGCCUCCCAAGUUCAAAUGAUUCACUUGCCUCAGCCUCCCGAGUAGCUUGUAUGACAGUUGCGUGCCACCACACCCAGCUGAUUUUUGUAUUUUUACUAGAGACAGGGUUUCACCAUCUUGGCCAGGCUGGCCUUCAAUUCCUGAACUCAGAUGAUACACCCACCUCAGCCUCCCAAAGUGUUGGAAUUAGAGGCAUGAGCCUUAGAUUACUUUUAUGAUUGGUGUGGGCUUGUCUGACCUAGUGAUGUUGUUCCUAACACUCAGUAACAUUUUGGAUGUGCACAAAAGCUUAAUUACUGGGGCUGAGCUGCUUUUUACGUUGGAAUAUGGCUGUGACAGGAAAACUUUGUCAACCCCAUGAAUGUCCAUUUUCUCAGCCCUGAAACCCAUCUCUAGAUGCUGACCUUACUUUUUUCCUUUCUAAUCUUGAAUCUUACCAUUUGCAGCUGUCACCAGUCAAAGCUUUCAUUACUUUGUGUUAGUCAUUCUCUUAUUUUCCAGGCAUUCCACAAACUUUUCUUUCUUGGGUAGCUUUUAAAAAGAUAAGUUAGCUUUUGCGUCUAUUAAGGGCUGGUUUUUUUUCCCAGUUUUAUGUAUUUUGCUUUAAAAAUUCUCCUUUUGCUUGUUGGAUUAACUUAAUGAUUCUCUUAGACUCUGAUGAUUUGUUUUAUAUUCUGUCUGGUUGCAUAAUACUUGGUCUUGAGCUAGACUACAAGCAUCCUACACUAGAGGCCUGAUCUUAGUUAAGAUUGCAUUACCUUCUAGUUGUGUGACUUUGGGCAGGUGUCUUAAACUUCUAAACUGCAAGUUCCUCAUUUAUAAAUUAGGUUAUGGUUGUUGUAUCAAGUAAUAUUUGUAUAAGAACUUGAUUGACCUUAAAAUAUAAAAAUAUAGGUUACUGAAAAUGGUAGGUAACGUCUCACCUUCUUCCUAGUUGACUUAGGAAGGUCACUGAAAAUGUGUUUGAAUGCUUAAAGAAGAUAAUUUGAAGGCAGCUUUUGGAAUCAAUUAGCAUGGAUCCCAGCAGCGACUACUAUUUCCUCAACAAGAUCUUGUGGAGAAGGGUGAAACUCACUUUGGUCUGUGGUGUCUUCGAGGGUGUGCUUCAGCAUGUUGACCCUAACAAGAUUGUUGUCCUCAAGAAAGUGAAGAAUGUGGAGACCGGUCGGAGUGUCCCAGGAGUGAAGAUGUUUUUUGGGCAUGAGAUUGUGAAUGUGGAACUACUAGAUGAAGUGGAACAAGGCUCAGUGAGAGAAAACUCAUCGUCUGUUAGUCUAGAUGUGGAAAGAACUGGGAUGGAGAAAAUGAAAGUUGAAGUCCUAAAUGUAUGUGAGUCUGUUUCUCCUGCCCCUGAAGCACCAACUACCUCUCUGCUGAAUGACCUCAAGUACAGCCCAUCAGAAGAAGAGGAGGUGACAUACACAGUCAUUGAUCAGUUCCAGCAGAAGUUUGGUGCUGCAAUGCUCCACAUCAAGAAGCAGAGUGUCCUGAGCGUGGCAGCAGAAGGAGUGAAUGUGUGUCGCCAUGGGAAACUGUGCUGGCUGCAGGUGGCCACAAAUUGCCGAGUUUAUUUAUUUGACAUUUUCCUUCUGGGAAGUCGAGCUUUCAACAAUGGACUUCAGAUGAUAUUAGAAGACAAGAGAAUUUUGAAGAUUAUCCAUGACUGUCGUUGGCUUUCUGAUUGCCUCUCUCAUCAGUAUGGAAUUUUGCUGAAUAAUGUCUUUGACACACAGGUAGCAGAUGUCCUUCAGUUUUCCAUGGAAACGGGUGGCUAUCUUCCAAACUGCAUCACUACUUUGCAAGAGAGUUUAAUCAAACACCUUAAAAUAGCCCCUAAAUAUCUCUUUUUUCUAGAAGAGAAACAAAAACUGAUUCAGGAAAAUCCAGAAGUAUGGUUCAUCCGACCUGUUUCACCCUCUUUACUGAAAAUUUUGGCCCUGGAAGCUACCUACCUAUUACCCCUUCGCUUGGCACUCCUAGAUGAGAUGAUGUCUGACCUAACCACUCUGGUGGAUGGAUAUCUAAACACAUACCGUGGAGGGUCUGCAGACCGUCUUGGAGGCAUCGAGCCUACAUGUAUGGAGCUGCCAGAGGAACUGCUUCAACUCAAGGACUUCCAGAAGCAGCGCAGAGAGAAAGCUGCAAGAGAAUAUAGGGUGAAUGCAAAGGGACUCCUUAUAAGGACAGUGCUACAGCCAAAGAAAUUAGUGACAGAGGCAGCAAGGAAACAGAAUGUCAAAGGUUUCCUAUUUGGUAAAAAUUCUAGGAUAGAUAAAACUCCAAGUUUUACAUGUCAAGACUUUCAUGGGGAUGUGAAUUUACUGAAAGAAGAAUCUAUGAAUAAACAAGCUACAAAACCUCAACAUCUACCUCCCAUAGAAGAAAGGGAAACCAGUGAGGAUACCAGUAACAAAAUCAUUUGCCCUGAGUCAAAGGGGUCAGAGGACCAGAGAAUAACUCAGAAAGAACACUUUAUGACACCCAAACAUGAGUUUCAGGCAAAUUUAUCUUUGAAAGAGAAGAUAGAACAGUUAUUGAUGGUGGGAAAAAAGGAAGAUUUAAAAUGCACAAAACAGGCUGUUUCAGUGUCUCCUUCUCUUUCUCAGGACACCAGAGUGUCUCUAAGUAACACCUUUUAUCCUACAAGAAAUGCUGUGCUUUCCGCACUCCCUCCCUGUCCAGCCUUGGAGAAGGCUCAUUCCUGGAUAAAUGCCUCUCUAAAUCUUUCUUAGAGACGCACAGUUUGUUCUUGAGGCCAUGCGGGUGGCUUAUUUCCUUUGCCAUCAGGGCCUUCCACAGUGCCUAAGUUUCUCAUGUUGUAAAUUUAGUAAUGCUUCAGUUACAGGGGAAAAUUAUAUUCUCUUGCUUACUCUGGUGUUCAUGGUAUGUGGAGAACGAGAAUGAAUAAGUUAUGUGAAUAAUGGAAGAAGUGUAAUUUCUGAUUAUGUCAUUGUGCAGAAAUGUUCGAAGUGACCAGAGUGUGUUAUUUCUCAUAAAAGGGUUUAGAGGAUACCCUCAUAGGAUAGGUUUAGAGGAUUUGAAGAAAGGAAAAGGGUUUAGAGGAUUUGAAGAAAGGAAAAAUAUUGGAAUCUUGGGCUUAGAUUCAGGAAGACUCCAUCAUUUAAAAAUUUUGUUUUACUUCUUGGCUUUUGGAUUCCUUUGAAGUGAGCUGGUAAAACUAUUAAUGAUUCAUUUUAAAAAUUGGUAUCUGAUAACUUUACCAGUAUAUUUUUCUUUUUAUUUAUUUUUUUAAUUGCUCCUAUGGGCUACCCCAUAGGCAGUGUCCCCAGAGUAGCCACUUUUUUCCUUUUUAAAAUGUAUUAACUUUAUGUUUGAAUGUUGAAUGUGUUGUCUGUCUCAUAGGUGAAUAGUUAAUGUUAUAGGAAUCAGUACUUUAGUAUUUGGUUUUUUUGAUGGGGUCUCACUCUGUCAUCAAGGCUAGAGUACAAUGGCAUGAUCACUGCUCACUGCAACCUCUGUCUCCCAGGUUCAAGCUAUUCUCCUGGCUCAGCCUUCUGAGUAGCUGGGAUUAUAGGUGUGUGCCACCACACUUGGCUAAUUUUUUGUAUUUUUAGUAGAGACGGGGUUUCACCAUGUUGCCCAGGCUAGUCUCAAACUCCUGACCUCAAGUGAUCCACCCUCCUCCGGCUCCCAAAGUGCUGGGAUUACAGGUGUGUGCCACAAUGCCCAGCCAGUAUCUUACUUUUAAUUUUUUUCCUUUACUUUUAGCUAAUUUUGUCCAUUUUCCUAACAAAGCGGGGACCCUGGGUUUCUUUUUAGUCUAUUAUAUAAACUUGAAGUCUGACUGUAUUCUAUUUGCCUGGAGUUAGUAUACUUUCUUAGGUUGAAAGGAAGGCAGCUUGUAUUGAGCCUUUUAAAGUAUUGAAUGCUUGCAAAUUGCUCACAUUCUUUUGUGUAAAAUAAUCAAUAAACCUGUAUGGCAUACU